UCUGACGUUUUACACAUGAUUUACAUGAGAGUCCUGCAGAAGGUGUAUGGAAUCCGCCUGGAGCAUUUCUACAUGAUGCCAGUCAACGUUGACAUAUUGUAUCCACAAAUAUUUGAAGGCUUUCUACCUGUUUGUAACUUGUAUAUUCACAUGGAGCGUUUACUUCCAGUGUGCCGGAUUAAUGACUUUCAAAUUGCUGAUGUUUUAAACCCAAAAACAAAAAGGACAGCUCGCUUCUUGAGUGGCAUUCUCAACUUUGUGAAUUUCAGAGAAUUGCGACGUGAGGUCUACUUGGAGUUGCAACUGAACUAUAAAUCGGCUGUGGAGAAACACCAACAACUGGAGACUGCAAAUCGUGAGGCAGCAGUGAAGCUGGAGAAACUGAACACUGUUCCAGUUGAACACCAAGCAGAGGUCAAGCAACUGACAGAUAACAUUCGAGAACUGGAACAACUGCUAAGGCAAGACUAUCGUCGGAAACAAACAGCUUUGCAAGAAGUGAUUUCACAAAAGAAGUCGGAUAUUGCAGAGAGUACCCGAAAGCUGAAUGACCUUAAAGUGACAAUGGCUACUUUGAAAGAAGAACAAGAGCAGCUGAAAUCAAAAAUUGUGGAGAGUCCAGAGGAACUGAAAAAUUACAAAGAACUGAUGAAAGAGACUGUUAAGAAACUCAAGAAAUCCAAGCAAGAAAUUAUUGAGAAAUAUGAAGGUUAUAGAGACCUAGUUGAGGUUCUGCCGUCAUGCCAACUGGAGGUGCAGUUAUAUCAAAAGAAGAUGGAAAGACAGGGAACAAAUGUGGAGAGACUGGCCAGCGUAUUAUCAGAGGUCAGAAAUCUGGAGGACCAGCUUGAGAGUGCUCAGAUAGAGCUGAAAAAGGGGAAGACAGAUGAAAUGUCCUUAAAGAGACUGGUCACUGCAAAACACGAGAAGCUGUCUACAGCUGAAAUAAGGAUAAAAAAGAAGCGUGAGGAUGUUGAGCAAUAUAAGCACACUGUAUUUGAAUAUUGUAACAGAGUUCAGGAGAAGAGGGGUGCUGUAUAUGAUAAAGUCACAGCCAUUCAUAAGGAAAUCCAACAGAUAAGGUUCAAAAUUCAGCAGCUGAAUGAGAAUGCUGAAAAAGAAGAAAUGAAAGCCAAGGAAAUAUACCUAAAUCUGAAGGCUGGGUUGGAGAAGCGUCAUGACUCUCUCAUUAAGACAGCAAAGAGUUAUGCAGCCUCAAGAGAAGAUAAAAUUGCUGAACUGAAGAAGGGGCUGUUUAGAGUUCAGACUCCUGGAAGUAGUUCUUAGACCUGUCUUCACUUGUAUUCCACUUUCAUGAUGUUUACGCUCAUAUCUGAACAAAGCUUGUGCUUUGUACGGGAUGGAUAAUUAUUCCAGGCAAAAGCCAGCUUUCUCAAAAACCAUGUCAGAACACAUUUAACUUUCUAGACAGAUCUUGAUGUUGUGAACUUGCUAAUGUGGAUAAGAAAACACUUGGUUUAGCCUGUUUGUAUUGUUUCAGUCAGUACCUGAUUUUUUUAGUGGUAAUAAUGCAAGUCUUGCUAACACCA